AUGUCGAGCUUUCGCUUAGUGAUGGCAUUGUCUGCAUUUCUUGGUCUGAAGGUUUAUGAUGCGGAUAUCAAUACUGCGUAUUUGAAUGCUAAAUUGCAGAUACCGCAGUAUGUGAACAAGAUUGAAGGGUUCCCUUGCCGUAAUAAUGGCAGCUUUUACAUUGUACGCAAGGCGUUGUACGGUCUACGCCAGGCUGGCCGCGAAUGGAUCAAAGAACUUGAUCGAUGGAUGACUGGAAACAGUUACGUGCGGUGCUCCUCUGAACCAUGUCUUUAUUACAAGACCAGCAAAGACGGACAAAUUACAUUGGUUCUCGUAUACGUGGACGAUAUCGUAUGUGCAACGAACACAGAAGGAGAAAAGAUUGAUCUGUUCGCGAAGCUUGAGUCAAGAUAUGGGAUCAAAGACCAAGGACUUCUGUCCGAAUAUCUAGGAGUGAGAGUCAAGAAUGAUGACAGUGCUAUUUGCAUAACGAAAGCAUAUAUGCCAAAACAAUUCUUGAAAAGUUCGGUUUUCAUGAUGCCCACGCGGUUGGAAAUCCACUUGAGACUCGACAAAAGCUAUCACCGGUCGCAUCAGAGGAUGAAGUAG